ACAGUGAUAAAUAACUGCCUCUAAUUGACCGUUUCUCUUUGUUUCAGGGCGAAAACGUACCAGAACCGCAAUCCGGCAGUCCGGAAACCGAACUUGCGCUCAUUUUUGGAAUUAAUGUACAGCAUCGACGGUCGAUACGCGACCACUGCAUCCAAAAUUAAAUUUAAAACAUGAGAACGUUCGCCGAGUUAUAUUAAUUCAAUUCCAUUAGCAUUACCGUAGCUAUUUAAUACAACAUACUAUCGGUAUCGGAGUAUAUUAACGCGAACAAUGAUGUAGAAGCCAACCCAUGAAUAGCAUGACUUGAAUUCGAAAAUGCAGCGGCCGGUAUCUAGAAACUCAGAGGGGGAGGGGGAAGAGAACCCUCUGGGGGGAUUGGAGGCGACUGUGUCGUGUCUGUGGGUCCUUACGCCGUUGUCCGCGACCGUGUCGCUGGUUUUGGUCGCGGUAGGGAUGGCGACGAAUCAGUGGCUGCAUACGACGGAAAAGAUGUCAAAUCCGCACUACAAUGGAACUGGAGAGAAGGAGUAUCUGGCCAAGGUCACUGUGUCUGGGCUGUGGAUGUUCUGCUUCACAAAUCCGGAAAUGUCUCAAGAGAAACGAGUAAAAUAUACAGAUCCAAAUUUUGAGGAAACAGUACAACGUUGGCUUGAGGAAAUCGAUAGCGAAGAUGAAGAAAAUGUUAGUGAAUGUGAGGAUAAUCUCGAAAUUCUAUCUGAAACCGUUUUUUUGACACUGACACGUAGAAGUAAAAAUAAGAAUAGAAAUGACAAGACUGGCAACGAUUGA